AUGACGUCCUGGUGCGCCCCGCCGGCGCGCGGCGUGCUCUCGUUCGAGAUCACCGGGUACAGCCAGCACCGGGCCCUCGGCGCCGGCACGUUCAUCCAGUCCGCCGCCAUGGACGUCGGUGGGUACCGGUGGUGCAUCCGCUGCUACCCGAACGGGGACAGCAGGAAGGAAUCCAAAGGCUACGUCGGAGUCUACCUCGAGCUCCUCAGCAAGAAAGCCGAGGUGAGGGCGCUCUACGAGCUUUGGCUGGUUGACCAGGAGAAGGGCGGGCGCUGCUCGUCGCUGAUCUAUAGCGCCAGGGCGCCCACUCUGUUCAGCACCAGGGACGCUGCCGCCGGCGGCCCCAAGGUUUGCUGGGGCGCCGGUUGGAACAAGCUCAUGGAGUGGAACGCGCUGGAAGCGUCGUCGUCGCCGUACCUCAAGGACGACCGCCUCGUGAUCGAGUGCCACGUCACCGUCAUCAGGGAGCCAUGGGUGGUCGAGAGCUCCUCCUCCUCCUCCGCCGCCGCCGCCGUCGAGGCGCCCCGCCGGAGCCUGUCGCAGGAUUUCUCGAAGCUGCUGGAGACCAAGAUCGGAGCCGACGUCACCUUCAAGGUCCAAGGGCAAGCUUUCGCCGCGCACACCUGCGUGCUGGCGGCGCGGUCGCCGGUGUUCAGGGCGCAGUUCUCCGGCGAGCACGGCGCGCAGCAGCGCAGCGUGACCAUUCAAGCAGAAGACAUGGAGCCUGCCGUCUUCGAGGCGCUGCUCCGGUUCGUGUACACCGACUCGGUGUCCCCCUCCAUGGCCGGCCUCGGCGCCGACGAGAAGACCGAGAUGUGGGAGCGCCUGCUGGUGGCGGCGGUCCGGUACGACGUCGAGGGGCUCAAGUUGGUGUGCGAGAGGGCCCUGAGCGAGGGCCUCGACGCCGACACCGUGGCGAGCGUGCUGGUCCUCGCCGCCCGGCUCAACUGCGACGUGCUCAGGGACGCGUGCGUCGAGUACAUCGCCGGCACAUGCAGGCACAGGCUGCGCGACGUGGUGGCGAGCGACGGGUACGGCCACCUCAAAGCGUCGUACCCUGCCGUGUUUGUGGAUCUCUUUGAGAAGGUAGCUAGGAUUCGCUAG